GCUGCAACAGCUGCAACAGCGGCAACACCUGCAUUGAUUUUUGCUGCCACAGCUGCAACACCUGCAACAGCGGCAACAGCUGCAACAGCUGCAACAGCGGCAACACCUGCAUUGAUUUUUGCUGCCACAGCUGCAACAGCUGCAACAGCGGCAACAGCUGCAACAGCUGCAACAGCGGCAACACCUGCAUUGAUUUUUGCUGCCACAGCUGCAACACCUGCAACAGCGGCAACAGCGGCAACAGCGGCAACAGCUGCAACAGCUGCAACAGCUGCAACAGCUGCAACAGCGGCAACAGCUGCAACAGCGGCAACAGCUGCAACAGCUGCAACAGCUGCAACAGCGGCAACAGCGGCAACAGCUGCAACAGCUGCAACAGCGGCAACAGCGGCAACAGCUGCAACAGCGGCAACAGCUGCAACAGCUGCAACAGCGGCAACAGCGGCAACAGCUGCAACAGCGGCAACAGCUGCAACAGCUGCAACAGCGGCAACAGCUGCAACAGCUGCAACAGCGGCAACAGCUGCAACAGCUGCAACAGCGGCAACACCUGCAUUGAUUUUUGCUGCCACAGCUGCAACACCUGCAACAGCGGCAACAGCUGCAACAGCUGCAACAGCUGCAACAGCGGCAACAGCGGCAACAGCGGCAACAGCUGCAACAGCAGCAACAGCGGCAACAGCUGCAACAGCGGCAACAGCUGCAACAGCUGCAACAGCGGCAACAGCGGCAACAGCGGCAACAGCUGCAACAGCUGCAACAGCUGCAACAGCGGCAACAGCUGCAACAGCUGCAACAGCGGCAACAGCGGCAACAGCGGCAACAGCUGCAACAGCGGCAACAGCUGCAACAGCUGCAACAGCUGCAACAGCGGCAACAGCUGCAACAGCUGCAACAGCGGCAACAGCUGCAACAGCUGCAACAGCGGCAACACCUGCAUUGAUUUUUGCUGCCACAGCUGCAACACCUGCAACAGCGGCAACAGCUGCAACAGCUGCAACAGCUGCAACAGCGGCAACAGCGGCAACAGCGGCAACAGCUGCAACAGCAGCAACAGCGGCAACAGCUGCAACAGCUGCAACAGCGGCAACAGCUGCAACAGCUGCAACAGCGGCAACAGCGGCAACAGCGGCAACAGCUGCAACAGCUGCAACAGCUGCAACAGCGGCAACAGCUGCAACAGCUGCAACAGCGGCAACAGCGGCAACAGCGGCAACAGCUGCAACAGCUGCAACAGCUGCAACAGCGGCAACAGCGGCAACAGCGGCAACAGCGGCAACAGCUGCAACAGCUGCAACAGCGGCAACAGCUGCAACAGCGGCAACAGCUGCAACAGCUGCUGCAGUUCCCCGUGAAGAUGGCAGGAUCAUUGGCGGUUAUGAGUGUUCGCCUCACUCUCGUCCAUACAUGGCCUCCCUCAACUACGGGUACCACUUCUGUGGCGGGGUGCUGAUCAACAAUCAGUGGGUGCUCUCUGUUGCCCACUGUUGGUACAAUCCCUAUUCCAUGCAGGUCAUUCUGGGCGAUCACAACUUGCGAGUGUUUGAGGGAACAGAGCAGCUCAUGAAGACCGACACCAUCAUCUGGCAUCCUAGCUAUGACUACCAGACUCUGGAUUUCGACAUCAUGCUGAUCAAGCUGUACCACCCAGUGGAGGUGACGGAGGCGGUCGCCCCCAUCCCGUUGCCCACAGGGCGUCCCUAUGCAGGGCUUUCCUGCUCUGUGUCCGGCUGGGGUAACACCAACCUUGGAGGAGAGGUGUACAUGCCCACCCUCCUUCAGUGUUUGAACGUGCCCAUAGUGGACCAGCAGGUCUGUGAGAACGCCUAUCCUGGCAUGAUCUCCCCCAGGAUGGUGUGUGCCGGAUACAUGGAGGGAGGCAAAGACGCAUGCAAUGGUGACUCUGGCAGCCCUCUGGUGUGUGACGGAGAGUUGCACGGCCUGGUGUCAUGGGGUCAGGGAUGUGCCGAGCCAAACUAUCCCGGGGUCUACGUCAAACUGUGUGAGUUCCACUCCUGGUUUGAAGAGGUCCUGGCAGCCAAUCCCUAAAGAAAUUACCAGUUUAUUUUCUUCACUUCUCCCACUGGUUCACAGCCCUGGUUUUUAUUUUUCAGUCUUCUCUCUGGUGCCAAUCAAGACUCUUAACACACAUGUGCCAGAAUGUUGAAAACUAAAUAAAAUCACUUGGUAUUCACUUG